AUGGCUGGCGACGAUUUGGAGGACGGUUUAGAAUAUUACUUGUCCGAUGGACCUGAAGGAGGAUCCGAGGCGUUUGACUCUGAGACGGAAAUAGAACGAGGGGAAUCCAAGGAAGAAUCCGUAGAAGCGGAAUCUACAAAAGUGGCAGAUUCAACAAGUGCAGAUGCCGCAAAAAAUCCCAAGAAGCGUAAGGCAAAUCUGAAGUUGCAUGAAAAGAAAAAGCUCAAAAUGAGCAUGGAUAUUCUGCAAAAGAAGAACUUAUCAAAGGAAUCAGCACCGGAAGCCAUUGCAGAUUACAUCAAUGAUUCGAUUCGCAGAAAGAAUCCAGACCUUUCUGCAUUGGAAUUGGCAGAGCUCUAUUUCAAGAAGACGGACUUCAGAUCGACAGCAGAUUUUGCUCAUCCUCGUACUUUGGAGAACCUUUCGAAGUUUAUCUUGGACAGAUUCGCUAACAUGCUUCCUUCUUCCACACCGGGUAAGAAGAAUAUAAUAAAGAACAAAAAGAAACAAAAGCAGGACGUGGAGCCUGAUCAAGCCGAGCGCAAGUUCAUUGCUAUUUUGUCCAUGUCCGCUAUCAGAGCAUGUGACGUACACCGUGCUCUUCGUGAGAUUCCCGGUUCGUCUUUGAAAUUGAUUAACAAGAACAAGCUACACGUUGACUUGAAAUUAGUUGCAUCAACGUGGUCUCGUGUUCUUUGUUGUACUCCAGGUCGUCUCCUUAAAGUCUUGAAUGACGAAGAGCUGACAUUGAAAAGCGACGAAAUCAAAAUUGUUCUUAUGGACAACAGUUACUUGGACCAGAAGAUGCAAAAUAUUUGGGACAUCAAGGAAACUAACGAAACUUUGAAGCACUUGACCGAUGCUGGAUGCAAGGUCUAUUUGUAUUAG